AUGCAGCAGAAGGUUUGUCCCAGAGGUCCAGCUUCCUUCCUCCUGGACAGAAACGGACGGGCGUGCGGCGCCGUCUCAGCCACUUCCUGUGAGCUCCCCUUCCGCUGCCCCCGCUGCGGCGAGCAGGAGCGUUUCCGCAGCCUGGCGUCUCUGAGAGCACACCUGGAGUACCGCCACUCCUACCGCUCCCCCGAUGUCAUCUCCGGAGAUUUCAGCAUCACUGGGAAACACCCCGACCCGCUGACGGCGGCGAUCCCCUGGCAGGACAUGAGCCUCCCGACCCGCAGGGGGCAGCAGGGCGCCGCCAGGCCGCCUCAUGUUCGCUCGCUGAGCGACAGCAGAGACAGCGGCUUCCUGCAGCCUUACGGCUCGGUGAGGAGGCGCACCCAGAGCGUAGGGGUGGGGACACAGGCGGAGGAAGAGGAGGGAGAGGAAGGAGGGGAGGAUGAAGAUACAGGAGAGGAAGAGGAGGAGGAUGAUGAUGAUGAUGAAGGAGCAGAUGAACCCAGGAUUAAGUCAGAGCUUCCAGUGUCCAAUAAAAAGCCAGAAACUGGCCUCCAGCAUCACCGCUCAUUCCCUCCUGGUUCCAUCGCCCCGCCUCUGGACAUGGACCCAGAACCGGACCAGGACCAGGACCAGGACCUGGACCUGGACCUGGACCCGACCGCUCAGAGCUCCUUCUCCGGCCUGGAGACGGCGGCGGCCUCAGCGGCGGUACGGCGGCGGCUGGCCGGCAUCCUGCGGGCCGCGGACAGCACCAUGCAGCGCCGGCUGGCCAAGCUGAGCACGGAACUGGCCAGAACCGACACGGAGCUGCUGUGUGAGCGCGCCCACUCCCAGCAUCUGGCCCAGGAGAGGCAGGAGGUGGCAGACAGGCGGCGCUCUCUGAGCCGGCAGGUGGACGUGGCCGUCAUGGUGAUCGCCGCCCUGAGGGAGCAGCUCUACGCCUCAGAGAACGAGCUGGAGCGCAGAGAGAGGGAGGUGAUCACCAUCCAGAGGUUCCUGGAGGCGGCGGCGCGCCAGGAGACCAGCGGGAAGGUCCGGAUCCAGCGGUUCAUCGAGGGCCUGCUGGGCCGCAUCGCCCUGGCUGAGAAACUGGUGGAGUUCUACCAGGUGAACGGCAGCCCGGCCCAGUGUGAGCGCUACCAGCAGCAGCAGCAGGCUGAUCAUUGCCGCCACAGAAUCACUAAAAGCAGGUCCGCAGCAGGUCCGAUCUUCUCCUCUGGUCUCCAUGACAACAGGACUCAGUCCUCCUCCCAGUUCGGCGCCGCUCCUAACGCUGCCGUGGAGCGCGAGCGGCAGGAGCGCCUGGCCCAGUCCUCCCGGCUGUUCUGUCGACCGGAACACAGAGACGACAUCUGGAACCACCAGCGGCGCCGGUCCACCGGGUACGAGGCCUAGAACCGGAGAGAUGGGGUCUGGUUCUGAGACCCAGUGGGUCCACAAACCACCAGGCCCACAUGAACAGAACCUCAUCAGAACCAACUUUCUGCCUAGAAUAUUGUAAAUAAAACUUUACGGGUAAAAAAACAAACAUUUAUCAGAACCUUGGGGUUCUUAUUAGUUCUGCUGGUACCUUUAGGUUCUGGAUAUUUGUCUAAAUAUGAAUCUGAACCCGGUCCAGAUCGUAAUGUCCUUCAGAACCAACAGAUGUCACUACUGGACCAUGUUGAUACCAAGUAGUUGGUUCCGUCGGUUUGGGUUCUCUGGUUCUUUCUACAUCAGCACAAACGGUUCUGAACGGAUCAUAGUCGGUGUCGUCUGGUUCUACAGAUUAGAUCUUUAAUAUUUGAUCCUGAAACAGAACCAAGGAGAUUUUAAUCUCUUCUGGUCCGACCCUCAGAUUAUCAGAUUAUUUCAGCAUCUAGUUGAUAAAUUCUUCCUCAUUUUGUCCAUCCAAGCAGCCGGAUCUUCCUGGAAGGUUCUGAUGGUUCUUCUCUGGGCUCGGCCUGCUUUUCUCCUCCUUUAAGUCCAGUUUUCACCACCAUGAUUCUUCUGUGUUGAUUUAAAGAAGCUGCUCGUCUUCCUGAGAUCUGAUCGGGUUACAAUCAGGAUCCUGAUAGGACCUGGAAAUCCUGGAAUUCCAUCAAGCAGAUUUACUGAGUGGAGGAUCUGCAACAAUCCGUCCUGCU